AUGGUGAUGGUGUCUCCAAAGCUGCAGCCUUCAGCCUCCUGGGAGUUUGAGGCCGAGAUCAUUGUCCUGCACCAUCCUACAACCAUCUCUGCAAGAUACCAGGCCAUGGUCCACUGUGGCAGUAUCCGGCAGACAGCCACCAUCGUGAGCAUGAGCAGAGAGUGCCUGAGGACGGGGGACAAGGCUGCGGUUCUCUUCAGGUUCAUCAAGACUCCAGAAUAUCUGCACCAGGAUCAGAGGCUGGUGUUCAGGGAGGGCCGCACCAAGGCCGUGGGCACCAUCAGCAAGCUGCUGCCGACGGUCAGUUCUCAGUCCAAAAGCCAGAGCUACAGGAGGAGAGAGGCAGCAGCCAAUGAGGAGGCUCCGUGUGGGGGGAGACCAGGAAGUCCCACCUCCUCCCCCAUUCAGCUGAAGUUCGGGCGCAGGAGAGGAGGGCGAUCGAAAACCAUGAACACGGCUCCUCUGACCCCACUGUCCACCGGACCAGGGACGGCCUGA